UCUCUCUCUCUCUCUCUCUCUCUUUCGAAUGCUUGCUUCCUUCACGGCUUCACAGGGUGGCUGCUCCUCUAUAAUGGGCGGCGAUAAAGGUUCCAAAGUCUCCAGCGAUCGUAAAAAAUGGCAGAAGAUUUUCAAUGCUCUUGUACACAUGAUGCAGACUCAACAAAUUCAGCUUGAGUCACUUGCUAAAGAAAGAAAACUUCUCCAGGACAGAAUCCAAAUCCAACAGGAUCGAUGGGUUUCCGAUGUUCAUGUCCUCCAACAAGAGAUCUCUCAGAUGAAGAUGGAUAUUUUACAGGUGGAGUUGGCUCGCUCACUUGAAGAAGCGAAGUCAGAUCUAGUGGUUGGGUUGAAGCAGAGGGAGGCUUUUCUCUACAAGCUGAAAUUAGGAAGCGCAGAGACUGACUUGGAGGACUUAAAAUUAUGGGUUGAAUGCCUCACUCAUAAAUGUUCUGAGCAGAAAGGAGAAUCUCAAGAAAAAAUCAAAGAAAUUGACAAAGGAAAGGGAGGAGGGGAAGAUGACAGAUGCACAAAGGAAGAGGAACAGAGGCGUUCUAAGCUCUUGGAAGGUGAAGUGAGAAAACUCAAGCGUGCACAGGAAAAGCUUAAUUCGGAGAACAAUUCUGAGGUUUCUGCACUAUUGACAGAGAGGAAUUUUUUGUGGAAUCAGUUUAAGAAAAUGGAAAGUGACUAUGACAGUCUCCUAAAGAGUAAACUCUCUGAAAUUCAACUGGCAAAUGAAAAGAUAGAGAAGCUUAUAGCUAGUAUGGAGCAGUUAGAGUCAUCAAAUGGUGAAAAGGAUGAGACCAUUUUGAUGUUAAGAACAGACCUAGCUAAGCUCGAGGCGGCCAUGGACCAUAGCAACACAGAAUUCUCCAGACUUUCUAAGGAAUUAGAGUCACUGAGGAACUCAAGAAGUGCUUCAGUUACACCUGUCUUGAAUCGUUGCACGGUGGAUCCAAGUUCAUCUAUCUUGCAAAGCAAGAACACUAGCAAGGACAGGAGACUGCCAGUUAAAAAAGAGUUUGCUGGGCCAAGCACCUCAGACCUCAGGAAAGAAUCUGAGAAAGGUUGUAGAAAGAGCUCAAAAAGAAAGGGUGUCGAAGCCGUACCCACUUCAGAGACUCCAAGGUUGUUCUCAUCCACAUUCAAAGUUCCCAAACUGAAGAACCCAUCCUCUAUACCUUGUGUUACUUGACCAUCCAACCAUUAUUUAUCUUGUACUCUGCGUAACAGAAUAGGCACUCAGGCUUGUAAUGUCUUCAACUGAAAUUAUUUAUGUUGUAUACAAGUAGUUUCUAAGAAAAUUAUGUAAAUUACUACUUGUUCCAAGAGUGACUAAUGCUAAUACAAUUUUUGGUUGUCAAUC